AGAUCAGCUGUUCGGAACGACUCAAUCAUCAAGAUGUCAAGAAAGGGGAAGUACUUUUUGCUGAUGCACAGCAAAGACCCUGAUGCAGCAGAUCUUAUAAGGAGUGAUAGUCUGGUAGCUGAUGGUGGCAUCAUACUUAAGCCUGGAGAUGAGGCUGUUUAUGUUCUCGAGACAACCAAAGGCCGGCUUGAAGAAGUGAGGGGCGUGGUUGUGGCCACUGGCCUGAAGAAAGAUUUAAUUAGACUCCAUGUCACUGCAGAUGGGAGUCUCACUCCCCUGAAGGGAGUGGGCACUCGCAAACAAGAACUGGAAAGGAAACGAAUGGAGCAGGUGAACGCACAAAAAAUUCAACUGCAGCAAACGGCGCAGCAACUACAGGCUGAAGGAGCAGAUGUGGUUUGUGAGCAACUGCAACCAGUAAUUAAAGAAAAGUCAAAACGUCCUCCCUGCCUGCCAAAAAAAAGAAGUCCUGAAGUAAUGGAACAAAUUCAAAGACAACUAGAUGCACUGCCAUGCUUCAAAAAUGGCCCAUUAAAGCGGGAGUUGUACGUUGGGACCAAAAUCUUUGUGGACCAAGGGAAAUUUAAUCUUAAUAAACAGAAGUACGCUUUGCGCCCAGCAUGUUUCCACCGUGCUCUACUCAAGUUGGCAGUGCCAGAAAAUAUUCUUAGGCUGGACGGCGUCUCCUGCCAUAGUAAAAGAGGCUGCAUUGGUUUAAAUAGAAAAAUUCAAGAAGCUAUAGUGUUGGCAGUCAACACACAAUAUCAGAAGGCGGGAGGUUCAAUCCAUAAUAUUCGUUAUGAUCCAGAUGAAAUUUUGAGAAAUCUUAUAGAUGCUACUGUUGCUUCCAAGGGUAAAAGAUUCCUCCUCCCUCCUUCCUCAUCAGAGUCCACUCCUGCUUCCACUUCCGAGCCCAUCCCUACUCCUUUCACUUUUCAGCCUCCUGCUUCCACUUCCGAGCCCAUCCCUACUCCUUUCACUUUUCAGCCUCCUGCUUCCACUUCCGAGCCCAUCCCUACUCCUUUCACUUUCCAGCCUCCUGCUUCCACUUCCGAGCCCAUCCCUACUCCUUUCACUUUCCAGCCUCCUGCUUCCACAUCCGAGCCCAUCCCUACUCCUUUCACUUUCCAGCCUCCUGCUUCCACUUCCCAGUCCAUCCCUGUUCCUUCCACUUCCCAGUCCUUUCCUUCUACUUCCCAGCCGAUUACUUCUCCCUCCCCUCCCCAGCCUUUCCCUGUCUCAUCUCUUCCCUCAGCUUCCCAGUCUCCCCCUAUCCUGUCUAAUCCUUCCACUUUCUGUUCUCUCAUUUUCUCUCCACAUUCCCGCUUACCCAUUUGUCACCCACCCACCCCUGAUCAUCACUACAUAGACAUCUCGUAUAACAUGCCCCCUGCACCAACAACUGAGGAAAUUGUUCCUCACUGCAAAUAUUAAUAAGAAUUCAAUAUAAAAUGUUAACUAUUAUUGACUAAAUAUUUAUUAUUUUUUGUUAUUAUUUUGUUAGAAACAAAUUGAUGUGGUUCUGUGGUUCUAGUCUGACAAAUUACUAUUUAGUUUAGGCCCAUCUGCAUGGUGUAGGUAGUUGUAAACAAAUUUUGAUAGAGAGAGAGAGAGAUUGUUAACUACAUAUUUAUUUACAUAUUUAUUUUUGAUGAAAUAUUAUAUUUUGAUGUUGUUUUGUUGGAAACAAAUUGGUGAGUGGAUAAAAGAGUAUUAAAGUUUAAGCUUAUUUUCCAAUCCGCACGCAUUCUGCUUCCAACCCCACUCUACCCCCUGCACUCUGGAAUGAUCAAUGUGGCCCGCAAGGAAAGGGCGAGGGAGGGAAGCACCGGCGCAGACAAUGACGUCACGAGUACGGCGAGCGCGGGGCCCAGGCGAUGACGUCACGCGGGCAAGUGAGCAAUGUGGCAACACCGGCUUGCACCGCCCUCGAACGUGCCUAGAAUUUGUCGAUUUUUUCUCUUUUAUGGCAACACUAUUCCGGCAAAAAAACGACAAACUAUCGACUUUUUUUCGUCAGAUUAAUUUGACGUAUUUUUUUCUUUAACUUGCCAAUAUCUCUGGCGUUUGUAUGCCGAUUCUUUGACUUUCGGUGCAUGGCAAAAAAUCGACAAACUUUCGAGCUCCGCUUCCAC